AUGGCCCAGUCCAACCCCGCCCAAAAGACACACAUCGCCCGCCCAGGUCUCCCUCGCUCCACCACAGGCCUGCCCCCUCCCUUUCCGCCAUCGCCCAUCGCAGCAACGUCCAUCCACGAAGACGGGUCUGUGAUCGAUGCAGUACUUGAACUUGCGGAUGGUACCGCCGUCAAGGGAGUUAGCUUCGGCGCGGAGGGCAAGAGCGUUGCGGGAGAGUGCGUUUUCCAAACCGGCAUGGUCGGCUACACGGAGUCCUUGACGGACCCCUCGUACGAAGGUCAGAUCCUCAUCCUCACCUACCCCCUCAUCGGCAACUAUGGCGUCCCCGCCCGCCCCGACCCCGCCGCGCUUGAGGACAUCCCGCCCGACUUCGAGUCCUCGCGCAUCCACAUCGCCGCGCUUGUUGUCGGCGCGUACUCAGAGGACUACUCGCACUUCCUCGCCAGCUCCUCGCUCGGCCAAUGGCUCAAGGAGAGCGGGGUGCCCGCCAUCUUCGGCGUCGACACCCGCGCCCUCACCAAAAAGAUCCGCGAAAAGGGGUCGAUGCUCGGCAGAAUCCUCGCGCGCCGCGCGGACGCACCCCUGCUCCUCGACCAGCGCCGUGCCUCACUCAUAAUGCCCCCGUCGACUCCCGGCUCACGCGCUCCGUCCCCACCGGGCGCGCCCAACGCCCGUUGGCGUGAAGACUACCAAGACGUCCCCUUCCACGACCCGAACCAGGACAACCUCGUCGCCAUCGUCUCCAUCAAAUCCCCACGCGUGUACAAGCCCGUCGGAGAACCAAAGAUGCACCCCUCCGGCGCGCGCGCGCUCCGGGUCCUCGCCGUUGACGUCGGCAUGAAGUACAACCAGAUCCGGUGCUUCACCCACCGCGGGGUCGAGCUCAAGGUCGUCCCCUGGGACUACGACUACCUCGCGGGCACGGAGGAGCCCUUCGACGGCCUCUUCGUCUCCAACGGCCCCGGCGACCCCACGAUGGUCGCGCCCGCCAUCGAACGGCUCGCGUGCGCGAUGGAGCGGUCCGACCGGCCGAUCUUCGGCAUCUGCCUCGGGCACCAGCUGCUCGCGCUCGCGGCGGGCGCGAAGACGUCGAAGAUGAAGUACGGCAACCGCGGGCACAACCUCCCCUGCACGGACGCGCUCAGCGGGCGGUGCUACAUCACCAGCCAGAACCACGGCUUCCAGGUCGAGGCGGGCUCGCUCCCCACGGGCUGGCGCGAGCUCUUCCAGAACGCGAACGACGGCAGCAACGAGGGCAUCCUCUGCGUCGACCGCCCGUUCUUCUCCGUCCAGUUCCACCCCGAGUCCACGCCCGGCCCGCGCGACACCGAGUUCCUCUUCGACGUCUUCGUCCAGAACGUGCGCGACUGCGCCGCGACCGGCGCGCUCGUCCCGCUCGCCAUGCCCGGGGGCACGGCGGCGGAGAACGCCGCGCGGACGCCGCGCGCGAGCGUGCAGAAGGUGCUCAUCCUCGGCUCCGGCGGGCUGUCCAUCGGCCAGGCGGGCGAGUUCGACUACUCGGGCUCGCAGGCGAUCAAGGCGCUCAAGGAGGAGGGCAUCUACACCAUCCUCGUGAACCCGAACAUCGCGACGAUCGCGACCUCGCGCGGGCUCGCGGACAAGGUCUACUUCCUCCCGGUCACGCCCGAGUUCGUGCGGAAGAUCAUCAAGUACGAGAAGCCGGACGGGAUCUACGUCACCUUCGGCGGCCAGACCGCGCUCAACGUCGGCAUCAAGCUCAAGGACGAGUUCGCCGCGCUCGGCUGCGCGGUGCUCGGGACGCCGAUCGACACCGUCAUCAUGACGGAGGACCGCCAGCUGUUCGCGGGCGCGAUGGAGGAGAUCGGGGAGCGGUGCGCGCAGUCGAGCACGGCGACGACGGUCGACGAGGCGCUCGUCGCGGCGCGCGAGAUCGGGUUCCCGGUCAUCGUCCGCGCGGCGUACGCGCUCGGUGGGCUCGGGUCGGGCUUUGCGCAGGACGAGGCGCAGCUCAAGGCGCUCUGCACGAAGGCGUUCGCGACGAGCCCGCAGGUGCUCGUGGAGAAGAGCAUGAAGGGCUGGAAGGAGAUCGAGUACGAGGUCGUGCGCGACUGCCGCGACAACUGCAUCACGGUCUGCAACAUGGAGAACUUCGACCCGCUCGGGAUCCACACCGGAGACUCGAUCGUCGUCGCGCCCUCGCAGACGCUCUCCGACGCGGACUACAACAUGCUCCGGACGACGGCGAUCAACGUCAUCCGCCACCUGGGCGUCGUCGGCGAGUGCAACAUCCAGUACGCGCUCAACCCGGUCUCGCGCCAAUACUGCAUCAUCGAGGUCAACGCGCGGCUCUCGCGCUCGUCCGCGCUCGCGUCCAAGGCGACCGGCUACCCGCUCGCGUUCAUCGCCGCGAAGCUCGGGCUCGGCAUCCCCCUGAACGAGAUCAAGAACUCGGUCACGAAGGUCACCUCGGCGUGCUUCGAGCCGAGCCUGGACUACGUCGUCGUCAAGAUCCCGCGCUGGGACCUCAAGAAGUUCACGCGUGUGAGCCCGCUGCUGAGCAGCAGCAUGAAGAGUGUCGGCGAGGUCAUGAGCAUCGGGCGCUCGUUCCAGGAGACGAUCCAGAAGGCGAUCCGGGCCAUCGACGACCAGUUUUCCGGGUUCGCGAAGAACGACUUUGUUGAGGACAUCGACGAGGAGCUCAUGAACCCUACGGACAAGCGCAUAUUCGCGAUCGCGACAGCGUUCCACCGCGGUUACAGCGUCGAGAAGAUCUGGCAGAUGACGAACAUCGAUAAAUGGUUCCUCACCAAGCUCCAGUCGAUCUUCAGGAUGGAGCAACGCCUCUACCAAUGCAACGUCAACUCGAUCGGCAGCGACCUUCUCAGGCAGGCGAAGCAGCUCGGCUUCUCCGACCGCCAGAUCGCGACCUGCAUGGGCUCCACUGAACUCGCUGUUCGUCGUCUCCGUCAAGAAACCAGCGUCAUGCCUUUCGUCAAGCAGAUCGACACCGUCGCCGCCGAGUUCCCCGCGUUCACGAACUACCUCUACACGACGUACAACGCCAUCGAGCACGACAUCACUUUCGAAGACUGCGGCGUCAUGGUCCUCGGCUCUGGGGUCUACCGUAUCGGGUCCUCGGUCGAAUUCGACUGGUGUGCCGUUCGCGCCAUCCGGACGCUCCGCGAGAACGGCCUCCCGACCAUCAUGGUCAACUACAACCCGGAGACGGUCAGCACGGACUACGACGAAGCCGAUCGCCUGUACUUCGAGAACAUCUGCCUCGAGACGAUCCUCGACAUCUACGACACCGAGCGCUCCCGCGGCGUCAUCCUCUCCAUGGGCGGCCAGACGCCGAACAACAUCGCGCUCCCGCUCUACCGGCAGAACGUCAAGAUCUACGGCACGUCUCCAGAGAUGAUCGACACGGCCGAGAACCGGUACAAGUUCUCCCGCCUGCUCGACGAGAUUGGCGUCGACCAGCCUCUCUGGAAGGAGCUCUCGAGCUUCGACGAGGCGCACACGUUCUGCGAGAAGGUCGGCUACCCGGUCCUCGUCCGGCCGUCAUACGUGCUCUCCGGCGCGGCGAUGAACGUCGUCUUCUCCGAGGACGACCUGAACAGCUACCUCUCGCAGGCCACCGCCGUCUCGCGCGACCACCCGGUCGUGAUCACGAAGUACAUCGAGGGCGCGAAGGAGAUCGAGAUGGACGCGGUCGCGCGCGGCGGGCAGGUCCAGAUGCACUACAUCUCCGAGCACGUCGAGAACGCGGGCGUGCACUCCGGCGACGCCACCCUCAUCCACCCCCCGCAGGACCUCGACCCGGAGACGGUGCGGCGGAUCGUGGACGCGACGGUCAAGAUCGGGAACGCGCUCAACGUCACCGGGCCGUUCAACAUCCAGUUCAUCGCGAAGAACAACGAGAUCAAGGUGAUCGAGUGCAACCUCCGCGCCGCGCGCUCGUUCCCCUUCGUGUCCAAGGUCACGGGCAUCGACGCGAUCGAGCUCGCGACCAAGGUCAUGCUCGGCAUGCCCGCCGAGCCGUACCCGCACGUCCCGCUCCCGCCCGACUACGUCGGUGUCAAGGUCCCGCAGUUCAGCUUCAGCCGGCUCUCCGGCGCGGACCCGGUGCUGGGCGUCGAGAUGGCGUCCACCGGCGAGGUGGCGUGCUUUGGCAAGGACAAGUACGAGGCGUACCUCAAGGCCCUCGUGUCUACUGGGAUCGUUCUCCCCAAGAAGAACAUCCUGUUCUCGAUCGGUAGCUACAAGGAGAAGCUCGAGAUCCUACCGUCGGUCCAGAGGUUGCACGCAGCAGGGUACAGCAUUUUUGGUACCUCUGGUACCGCGGAUUUCUUCACCGAGCACAAUGUGCCUUGCAAGUACCUCGAGAUCCUUGGAGAAGAAAGCGAACAGAAGUCGGAGUACUCCCUUACACAGCACCUGGCGAACAACCUGAUCGACAUGUACAUCAACUUGCCGUCGAAGAACCACUACCGCCGUCCUGCCAGCUAUGCCAGCAAGGGGUACCGCACGCGUCGUAUGGCCGUCGACUUCGCUGUUCCGCUCAUCACGAACGUCAAGAUCGCGAAGCUGCUGUUCGAAGCCCUCGUCCGUAAGAUGCCGCUCGAGGUGUCCCCCGUCGACUUCAAGACCUCGCACGAUACCCACACCUUCCCUGGCCUCGUCAACAUCGCGAGCUACGUUCCAGAUCUCACCAUGACUGGAGAGGACUUCGCCAAUGCAACCAAAGCGUCCAUCGGUGGUGGUUUCGUCACGGCGCUCAUCCUCCCUGUCGGUCUGAACACCAGGAUUACCGACCGCGACUCCCUCAACAAGGCCACGAGCAACAUCGCAGGUACCGCGUACUGCAACUACGCGAUGAGCAUCACGGCGUCGUCCUCGAAUGUCACUGCGCUCGACGAGGAGCUCGAGGCGGACGUCAAGUCUCUCUUCGUUCCCUUCCGCUACGGUGAUCCCGACAGCCAGAUCACUGCGGCUGCCGCCCACUUCGCGUCGUGGCCUUCCGAUAAGCCGAUCUUCACAGAUGCCCGGGGGGCCAACCUCGCACCCAUCUUGCUCCUCGCGGAUCUUCACAACAGCUCGCUCCACGUCACCAACGUGCAAACGAAGGAAGACAUGCUCUUCAUAUCGCUCAGCAAGGCGAAGAAGCUCAAGGUCACCUGCGAUGUGUCGGUAUAUGCGCUAUUCUACAACCGCGAGCAGUUCCCCGGCACGACCUGCCUGCCUAGUCCGGAGGACCAGCAGUACCUAUGGAACAACCUCGAUGCAAUCGAUCUCUUCUCCGUCGGCCGCGUUCCCUUCGAGCUUGCCACACAGCUCGGGAAGGAGGCCUCCGCCGCGUCAGGUAUCGAGGAGACGCUGCCGCUCUUGCUUGGGGCCGUUGCGUCUGGUCGUUUGUCACUCGAGGAUAUUCGCCUGCGCCUUCACGACAACCCGCUUCGCAUCUUCGCGCUACCCGAUCAGAGCCACGCCAACGUCGAGAUCGUCGUCGGCCGCAAAUCCCAGUUCCACAAGCGUUCUUCGGCAUGGUCGCCCCUCGAUGGUUCGAUUGUCAACGGCGCCGUCCACCGCGUUCAGAUCCACGGCCAGACCGCGUUCCUCGACGGCGAGCUCUCCGGCGCGCCCCUCGGCAAGGACCUUUCCGGCGCGACGAUCGCCCAUCCCCCCGUUGCCGAACGCAGGGCGUCCGUCUCCGGCGCGAGGCCGGACGUCCCCACUCUCGCCGCCAAAGCCACCUCUGAGCUGCCUUCCCACCACCCGCAAGCGAGCUCCAUUGCAGCAACGUCCCUCGCACCCGUUCAUGGCCCCGCCGCGAGCAUGCAGAUCUUCAGCCACCUGCUCCCGCACCCGGCCUUCAACCGGCGGCACAUCCUGACUGUGAAGCAGUUCAACCACCGGGAUGUGCACGACCUCUUCACGCUCGCGCACGAGAUGCAGCUGCAGGUGGAGCGCAACGGCGCGCUCGACGUGCUCAAAGGCAAGGUGCUCGCGACGCUCUUCUACGAGCCCUCGACGCGCACCUCGUCCUCGUUCGACGCCGCGAUGAAGCGCUGCGGCGGCGAGGUCGUCAACAUCAACGUCGACCAGUCCUCCGUCCUCAAGGGCGAGACGCUCCCGGACACGAUCCGUACUCUGGGCUGCUAUGCCGACGCGAUCGUCAUGCGCCACCCUGACGUGGGCAGUUCGCAGCUCGCGGCCAAAUUCUCGCCGGUCCCGAUCCUCAACGCGGGCGAUGGCAUCGGAGAGCAUCCUAGCCAGGCUCUCCUCGACGUGUACACCAUCCGUUCGGAGCUCGGGACCGUCAACGGUCGCACCAUCACUCUCCUGGGCGACCUCAAAAAUGGGCGGACCGUCCACAGCCUCGUGACGCUCCUGGCGCUCUACUCCGUGCGCUUGAACUUCGUCUCGCCCCCAUCGCUCACGAUGCCGGCCAGCGUCAUCUCCGCGGCGCGCAAGGCCGGCAUUCCCGUGUACCAGUGCGAGUCGCUCGAGGAGGUCCUCGCCGACACGGACGUCCUUUACGUCACCCGGAUGCAGAAGGAGCGCUUCAAGGAUGAAAACGAGUGGAACGCGGUCAAGGACGCCUACCGCAUCGAUCACGGCGUCCUCGCGCGGGCGAAGGAGGAAAUGAUCGUGAUGCACCCUCUGCCCCGAGUGAACGAAAUCGAUCCCGAUGUUGACUUCGACUCUCGUCGUGCUGUGUACUUCCGGCAGAUGCGCUAUGGGCUCUUUAUCCGGAUGGCACUCUUGGCCAGUGUUAUGGGAUGA